AAAUAAAGUCUUGUGUCCAUACACACACAUAAUAAACAUACACUAUGAGUAAUUAUGCAUGUGUGCAAUAAUAUUUAUUUUCUUUUAUUGGUGUUAUACACCGUGUUUGACUAAUAAAUGGAAAAGAUCCAAUCGAGGAAUUCGUUAAAAUUUUUUUGAGCAUUUAUUCGCUUUAAAUAUUCCAAAAAGAUAACGGUGCGCGGAUAUACGACAAAAAAAAAAUUGUUUUUUUUUGCUCAUUUUUCGUCGAAUUUGUUACAAAAAGUGUUUAUCUCUUAACUGUAAAUAAAUAAUUUAACAUGAAAAUUUUUUUCUGAAUUUUUCUUAUAUAUAAAAACAAUAAUAAUAAUAAAAAUUACAAUAAAUAAAUCUACGUACAAUUAUUAUGUUUGGUGAUUAUUUUAUUAAACAGUUAUAUUUUUGUUUUAACUUAAGAUGAAGUUUGAUUAAGGAAGUACUGUUUUAAGUGAAUUAAACUUUUAUAACAUUUGUUCUUUCCAAUUAUAAAAAUACUUUAAAAUUUUUACCUAAUAUGCGCGCUUAGCUACAUACAUAUACAUAUAUGUACAUCAAUGCUAAUUAAACGUGGCUGCGUUUUACAAUUGUUACUUCGUAUAAUAGGCUACUGGUUGCAAAUAAUUAAAGGAUUUUAAUUAAAUAUUUAUUUUCAUACAAAAAAAAAAUAACAAACAAAUUAAAAAAGAAAUUAUUUAUUUAAAAAAUUUAAUUAUUUUUUACAAAAAAAUGAUAAUAAUGUUUAAAAAUAAAUCAUUAGAUUAAUUAAUUAAAUAAAUAAUAUAUAAAAAAAUAGCUAAAAUAAGUGAAAAUAUUAAAAGUGUUGGAUACGCAAAAGUCACAUGAGGAUCAUUCUGAACAUGAUGAUGAUAUGAGAGAUAUCGAUUUAACAGAAGAGAGCGGUCAUCAUAUAAAUCAUAAAUCAAAGAUGUCAUCGUCAUCAAUUGAUUAUACAAAUUGUACUAAUUCUAAUUUAAAUACAAGGGGUGAUGGUGGUAGUAGUGGUGGUGGUGGUGGUAAUAGUGCAAUGAUUGGUUUAGGAACAAAUAAUAUUAGAAGUCCUUUACAAAAUACAGAUAUACCUUUAGGUCAUCCCCAUCAUCCACAAUUUCCAUCAAAUCAUCCAUUAGGGGCUUUAUCAAAUUUUAUGGGUAUAACUGGUUUACACAAUUUACCAAAUUUACCAAAUGGCGAUGUUUUAGAGAAACUUAAAAUGCAAGUUAGGGAUAUGAAAGUUGGUUUAAUGGAUCAGGAUUAUUCACCGCACGGAUUUUCACAUCAAAGUUUAGCAACACCACCAAAUACAGCUUUUGCAUUACCAACACCAAAUUUAGGUAGUUUUGGCCAUCAUUCACAAAGUCUAUCACAUCAAUCUCAGUCAUCAUCCUCUUCAUUGUCACAUCAACAAUCCCAAUCGAGUUCACAUCAAAAUAAUUCACAUUCAAUAUCGAAUGGUUAUCCUUUUACUUCACCAAAUGCACCUUGUACAAAAGAUGCAAACCCAGCAUCGAAUUCUUCUACAUCCAGUGAAGCAUCAAAUUCUUCACAACAAAAUAACGGCUGGAGCUUUGAAGAACAGUACAAGCAAGUGAGACAGCUCUAUGAGAUCAAUGAUGAUCCAAAACGAAAGGAAUUUUUAGAUGACUUGUUUUCGUUCAUGCAAAAACGAGGAACACCUAUAAAUCGUCUUCCAAUUAUGGCUAAAUCUGUUUUAGAUUUAUAUGAAUUAUACAAUUUAGUAAUAGCACGAGGUGGUUUAGUUGAUGUGAUAAAUAAAAAAUUGUGGCAAGAAAUAAUUAAAGGCUUACAUUUACCAUCUAGUAUAACAAGCGCAGCAUUUACUUUAAGAACACAAUAUAUGAAAUAUUUAUAUCCAUAUGAAUGUGAAAAAAAGAAUUUAAGUACGCCAGCUGAAUUACAAGCAGCUAUAGAUGGAAAUAGAAGAGAAGGACGUCGCUCAAGUUAUGGACAAUUUGAAGCAAUGCAUACCCAACUACAAAUGCCUCAAAUGCCACGUCCAAAUGUAAGUUCUGGUAUGCAACAAAUGUCACCAUUAGCUUUAGUAACACAUGCUAAUCAACAAACAGCAGCUGCAGCAGCAGCAGCGGCUGCACAUCAUCGUUUAAUGGCACCACCUUUGGGUCAAAUGCCAAAUAUUGUAACGCAUGAAUUAGAACAAAGAAUGAUGGAAUAUUUAAAAUUAUUCCAACAAAAAGAAGCACGUCGUUCGCAAAGUCCAGAAAUUACACCACGUGAAGCAUUAAAUGCAUUGGAAAUGUCUCGUGUAGCUUUAUGGUCAAUGUACCAUAAUAAUACAAGCCCACCAUCAUCAGUUAAUGCCUCACCAGUAGAACCACAACGUGAAGCACUAAACCUUUCUGAUUCACCACCAAAUAUUACAAUGAAACGUGAACGUGAAAAUUCGGAACCACCACAUUCCGAUAGAGAAGACUUUAACCAACAUCCACCUAUGAAAAAAUCAAUUUCAACUAGUUUACAUGACUUACCAACUCAACAACAGCAACAACAACAACACCAACAUCAAUUACACCAACAGCAAACGAAUGAAAAUCUACAACACCAUCAAAGGCAUAAAAAUAGAAAUGAAAAUCAUUUUGAUGAUGAUGAUGAUGAAGACCAUGAAAUUGAACGCCAUCAAAUGGAACAUGAUGAAGAUGAUGAAAAUAAUGAUGAUAUUAGAAUGCAUCAUAGUAAUUUAGCUGAUACAAAUUUAAGUGGUAAUGAAAAUGGACGUUUAAAUGGACAUGUGAAUACGAUAAAAAAGUCACCAUCAUUAUCACCUUCAAAGCAAUUACAUAAUGGACACCAACAAAAUGAUGACUUCUCGUUAAUGUCAGGAAUGCAAUUUAAAAUUACUCGGAAAGAAAAUAGUGCCAACGGUGAACAACAACUUGUUGUCAAUCUUGAUUUAAACGGUUUGCAAUAUGAAGGUAUUCUAUUCGCAAAAGUACCAUCACCAACUCUAUCACUUUCAAACACAUUAAGAAUUCCAUCAACAAAAACUUCAAACUUAAUGUUAACUUCAGGGAUAUCACCAAUAAAAUCCAACACAUUGAGUGUAUCGACAACAUCAACUGUAUUAACUGCAACUACAGGAAAUUCGCAAAUGUUAAUAUCACCUAAUAAUAAUAAUAAUAACAACAAUAUAACAUCAAAUAUAACAAAUACAAUGUCACCACCACCAUCGACAAUUAAUAUAUCAAAUCGGUCGAUUCAAUCAAAUUCGGAUGAAAUUGCAAAUGGUGGCGGUAGUUGUAGUGGUACAGAAAAUUGUAAUAGCGGUGAUAUAGGUGUUAAUAUUGAUGAUACUGUAAGUACAGAUGAUGAUAAUUGUAAGGAUACAAAUUCAUUUAAUGAUUCAUCAAUAAUGGCACAAACAGCAGCAACAACAACAGCAGCAACUUCAUCACCAACAACACCAACAAAAACAUUAGAAGACAGACUUCAUUCAAUUGUAUCGUCACAAAUAAAUUGAGAUACAAUAUUAUGACAUCUUUAGAACUGUAAUUUUAUAUAGUUUAUUACAACAUAAAAAUUAAAAAAAAAAUAAAAUAAAAAAUAUUCAAAAUAAAUAAAAAUACAAAAAAAAAUAUUAUAAAUAACGGAAUGACGGAUAGUAGAAUAUUAAAAGUUAAGAAGCUUUUUAAUAUCGUAAAAACUUCUUAACACAAAUUUACACAACUCUUUUUAUCACACUAAUAGUAUCCUUAAUUAUUUAUAUUAAAUUUGAUUUUUAUAUACACAUAUACAUAUGAGCUUAAAGGUAUUUAAGGAUUUUAGCAAUUUAUUUUCUCAUUUCACAUACACAUACAAAGCUUUCAUGAAAAUAAUUUCUUACAUGAUUAAAUUAAUUUCUUAGAAUUUAAGUAGGUGCAACAAUUUUUCACAGAAAUAAAAAAAAUUACUUAAAAAACCAAUGUACUAAAUAAAAUAUUUUAAGAAUAAAUUAAUUUUUUAAAUGGAUUAUGUACAAAUUUUCAAAUAUGACAAACAAAUCUCGUUUCUUUUAACUUAAUUAUUCAAAAAAAAAAAAUAAUUAUUUUAAAAAGUUAAUUUUAGUAUUAAUUAGAAUUACAAUAUUAAAUGAAAUUGUAAAAAAGGAACUACUAAACAGCCAUAAUUGAUGUAUAAGUGGACCUGAUAAGAUUUUGUUUUUUUUUUUUUUCAAGAAAUUUUAGCAAAAAAUGCGAUGGUUUCAUUUUAAUUAAUUUUGCAUUGAUUUAAAUAUUUAAUUAAAAAAUUAAUAUCGAAUAUGAAAUUCGAGUGAAAGUUAAAAUAGGAAAAGAAUUUACUCUGUUUUCAAAGAAAAGCGUGCGUAGAUUCAAUUGUAAAUCAAAUAUAUUUUGGUUGCAAGCGAAUUUAGUCUUGUUUUAUUAUAAAACAAGAUUUCAGGAAAGACAUCUUUUUUCAGUUAUUACUUAACUCAACCUACUGAAUUUUUAUUCGAUAACUAAUACCUGUAAUUUUACAUAAUAAUGUAAAAUUAGUUCACCAUAAGUUUGUAGAAAAACUUUCAACUUGAAAAGAUUUUCUAUUUGCCAUAUACGCAAAAAUCUAUCUUGUUUUCGAAAUUUUUACGGUAUCUUGCAGAAAUUUAUUAAUUUUAAGCUUUUGUUCCAAAAUAUGUAAAAUUAAUUUCUUUAAAUUGAUUAAGCAAUAUAAAAAGUUUUAUUGUUAUAAAAUUUCUUCAUU